AUGGCGGUCGACGACGACGACGAAGAGGAGCACGCGCCGCUGCAGCCGACUCCGGCGACCUGCGACGUCGACACGUGGUCCCCGUCCUUCUCGAUGGACAUCGACGCCCAGCAACGCGCCGCCGACGACGAGUUCCUGCGCAGUUUCCUCGAGUCCGAUGCCGAAGUCGAGUACACCUCGCUGUGGCAGGUCUUGUCAAGCUCCCCCUUACGGAUUCUGCACCAGUGAUUAUUGAUGUCUUGGCACGCACAAGGCUUCUUUUUUAAUGAUAAUGUAACUAAACAUAGCCAUUUUAAGUUUAUUCUCACGAUAGAAAUAUAGUGACUGCAAUAAAAAACGAAUUUUUCUUUCGAAAAAGAACGUGAGAUGGAGACACGCGCGCGAGUUGCAUUAUUAACUCCACCCAUGCAACCCUGCCUCAACAGCUUUCAAGCCAAAAAAAGUUCUCAAAAAUGCUCUUUUUUUUUAUUUUUUCACAUUUUUCGGGUGAACUUUCGGAAAAUUUUGUUUUUCAUUGAAUCUCGUUGCCUCACUCUAUAGGUUUCCUUCAUUUCUCUUAUUUUGCUUUUUCUGGUCUCGCUUCAACGUACGCGAAGUUUAUGAAGACUCUAAGAUAAAGAGCAUAUGACAUUUUUUUUUUCGAGAAAAAAGUCGUCUCUUACCUUUCAGACACAGUUUGGAAUUUAUUAUAAUUAAAAAAAAACUUCGAAAAAGUUCUAGAGGCUUGAGAGCCAGAGUUAUGUGCUCUAGGUUUACCUAAUCACCCUGAGACUUGUCGAUAUAAGAAUUCAAUGGUCAAACUCAAAAACUAUGAAUCAAGAAAAAAAGGAUCGCAGCUUUUUCCAGACAGAACAGUUUUCAGUGCAUCCAGCACAACCGCAAAGCAAUCGCCGUCAAUGGUUUCAUCAUUUUAUUUUUGAUUGGUUGGUUUUUAUACAUAUUUUUUCUAGCUUCAAAUAUUGUUUUCAGCAUAUACGACUUUGGGCGGGUUCGUUUUUUUGCACUUUGAGUACAACUACGCGCAAUACAUUCAGUACAACGAGACUCGAGAAAAAACUAUUUGCAUCGAGCGACUUCUCAAUGGGUACCUUUUUUGUGUCCGGCUAACUUCCGUCGGUUUCCUUUUUCAAAGACCUAAGAUUUUAAUAUCUUCCACCGCUUUAGCGACAACCGGCUGCGGCUGACGCGAGCUUCUGAUGUGGCGGCGGUGAUCGCCGAGCGAUGUCUUAAGCAGAAGAUCAAGGAUGAUCGCAUGCAGUGGAGCUUCAAGUCGGCUGCUCUGUACUCUCUCGGCAUCCUCACCACUCUCGGUUUGCCCUUUGAAGACCUUUUUUGAAUCGCCUUCAUUCCUGUUUACAUGCUAGUUGAAAUGAGCAUCGACGGAUUGUUAUUUGAGCUCGCUCGUUUCCAAAUCUUCCUUCAAAAAAUUUAAACUGUCUUCCACCCUCUUUGAAGUAAUUCCAUGAAAAAAUUGAAAAAAAUUUCUAAAAAAAUCAUUGUGACCUUAAGGUUAAAAAAUAUAUUGAUGGUAAUGAAGCAAAUAUUUGAAAAAAACUCUUUUUAAAAAAAGUUCACUGAGCCAAGAGAGCAUAUAAAAAAACAAUGUGUUAGUAUAUACUCUAGUUGUCUUCUCUUUUUUUUUCAAAAAACAACUCUCCCAAUUUAAGUUCAGUGCUUAUUUAGGCUUGCCAGUUUCGGAGUUCCCUGUCCAAUAUUCGCACUUUCAGUUUCUAACUUGAAAAACUGUAAAUUUUGAAAAAGUUUAUGAGCUUGGGACAAGUUUCGUGGAGACUUUUUUCCAAGUUUCUCUUGUUCAGUCGAGCAGUUUUCUUACUGUUUUUGAUAUGAGAGUUCUUUUUGCAAUAAAACGUUCAGCUGGAAGAUCUUAGACACAAUUUCGCGUUGAAGUUGUGAAGAUUUGUGCGAAAGGCCCCCUGGGAGACGCGGCGGGUGCCCUUUUUUGACACUGAUGCAGCGACAAGCGCGGGUUUAGGUACAACCACUUGACGCAGCUUUGUCUUCUGUUGCAACAAUUGUUGGCUCCGAAAAGUGACUGCCAAAUAAACAAACAUUUGGUCUUGAAAGCUGUCUGACUGAUGAUGAGAGCCCGAGUUUUUUAAGGCUAUUAUUUAAAAAUCAGACAAAAAAAAAAGCUUUUAUGAACAUUUUGACUUUAUAAUUUUUAGGGUACGGCAAGAUAGAGCCGCAGACAAUCAACGGACGUAUUUUCACGGUGAUAUAUGGAUUCCUUGGCAUUCCUCUCACUGUAAUUCUGCUCACAAACUUCGGUCGGUAUCUCGAGAAACUGGCGCAUUCGCUCCGAAGAAUCUUGUGUUGUCGGGUAUCUGGACUUACCUAAAUGAGAAGAACGUGAGAUUUCAGAAGAAAAAAGCUUCCGAAGACGCAGAAACCGUGUCCGGCUCGACGCUUUUCUUCAUUGUCGUUGUUUAUUUGGUAGGGGAGUUAUGCGAAAGAAUCUCUAUCUUUUCGACCGGAAUGAGAAGUUUCGAAAACAAAGCAAUUUGAGCUUCGUUUAGUGACCGACUUUUUUCAAAAGUUUCGCUACAGACUAACAAGGGAGGUCCUUUUAAUUUGCGGCUUGUAAUUCUCCACAAACUUGCUCAAACACUGUCUGAAGGUCUAGAUGAAGAUCCCUCAUGGUCUCUUCCUGCGCAAACUUCUAGUUUUCGAAAGAUGAUUUUUCAAAAGUUGCGAAAAUUAUAGAAAAAUCCAAACCGCGAAGAAAUAAAGACUCACCGUUUAAGAAGAAAAUCUAUUAGGCUUACAAAAGAUAAAAAAAGAUCUUCGUAUUGGUCAGAAAACGAGUCAAAAAUCAAUGGAGUUCAGGUCGUAGGCGCCUUGAUGAUACCGAUGUUCAGCGGCAAUUUUGACUUCUUCAACGGCAUCUACUACGCAUUCAUUUGCCUGACAGCGAUCGAGUACGGAGACAUAAUUCCUCAAAGGUUAGAAAGAAGGAGAGUUUCGACCUUUGGACUUCCUUUUUUAGCAACUGGCUGCUGCCGAUCAGCGUAUUCUACAUGUGCACGGGCCUCGCCAUAUCCACUAUUGCCUUAGGUUUCUUUUCUCUUCUGGAUCUUUCACAGGUGACUUUCAGACAUUGGUUCUCUGUAUGUAAGGAAGCUGCACUUCAUCGGGAAGAAGAUCAAAAACAUCGCGAACAUUCGUAUUUGGUUCGGCGCCAAAGAGUUUGUUCGAAGAAACUGGCGUAUCCAUUGUUUUGUUUAGUCUGGAAGUUCGAGAGCUGAUCACGGCCGUCGGACAGAACAUUGGCAUCGACCAGAACGUGAUGGCGGACAUCGACAUCGACACUCUUGUCAAAGUAUGUUUUUAAACUCUUGUCAAAGUAUGUUUUUAAACUCUUGUCAUUCCAAGGGGCGCCCGCACUUCACAGAAGCUGUUCAAUUCUUAAUCAGAGGCUCAUGGUUUUUUUUUUUAAAGCAUAAAAUUUUCUUUUUCAUCUUGGAAGUCUCAGUUUGCCUUAUGUUUUCCGGAUUAGAACUUUUUUGAAGAACUUAUUUUUCGGCUUUGAUAAGUUGAUUUGAAAAAAAGUUUCAAUUUAUGCUAUUUCGAAAGAACAGAUUCAUAAAAAAAGUUCUUUUUAUUCUUAGGAAACAAAUCCUUUCAAUGAGAACAAUUCUCGAAAAGCUUCCAAAAAAUGAAAUAGCUUUGAAAUCGGUUAAAACCGCUGCGAGUUAGUUUUUCAACAGUUAAAUUUUUGCUCAAUUAGAGAGUCCACCCUAAAACUUGUUUCACUGAAAAAGAUACUGUAAAACAUGGAAAAACGUACGAAAAGAUUUGAAGAAAUGGUGUUUACAAGAAAAAAGAUGGGACUUUUCAAGGAAUUUACCUCCAUAUUUACACUUUUCUGGUCUAGGCGGCUGGAGAGGACACUAAAACUUUGAAAAUCGGGCUGUUCGAAAUAUUGGUUUUUUUUUUUGCUUCAGUUAAAGAUUUUUAAAAGCUGUCGAAGUAUGCGAACGACCGCACUUGGCGAACUUAAUUCCUUCUUUUGUUAGCUUUUCACGCAGCAAAAAUAUUCAAGCACUUUCGAUAAUUCAGACAGCGAUUCAAGUUAAACUGGGCCGUCUGUCUCGAGUGCCUCAGACGCACAUGAUCGUCGAGGGAAUCUGGCCGCCAGAGCUCGUUCCCCUUUUCCUCAAGGUUUUUCUUAUCAAUAAAAGGAUGGACUACUGACUUUUUUCAGGAUGGACAGUUCCCUUUGUUCGUAGACUCGGAAGAAGAUCUGACCAACCUGAAGCCCAAGAAACAGAGCGUUCGUUUCGAAGUAUGAUAACUUGUGAGUAGGAGCACGGAAAAGAGUUUUGAGGAGGACCUGCUGUCAGAGAUUGACGACACGACUACGUUAUCCGAAGCCACACGGACGCAUUCUUCAAGGCUGUCUCCGGUUCCUCCACAAAGACCGGCCCGUCUAGUCCCUAUCUCAGGUCAGGAAACUCAAAAGUUAACCUUUCUCUAUAGCUCAAGUGCGGGAAUGAUUGCCAUUUAGACGCUCAAGGGUUCUUAGAGUCAAAAUUUCUUACUAGGAAAUGGUCUCCAUUCGCAUUUGGACUUUGGAAUGAAACUAGACUCACCAGAUUUAGUUUUUCACGCUGAUUUCUGGUCUCAAAAACUGUCCUCGAGGCCUGUGAAAAAGUUAGUGACCCUCAAAAGUCGAAAAUUUCAGUGUCUCCGAGUCAAAGUGUUUUGUGAAAUGACUAUUCAUUUUUCGGAUCUAUCAACAACUGAUAGAAAAAGCGACCUUUCGCCAAGAGAAAUUUUAAAAUGAUGUUGAAUAUUGAGCUAUUUUGAUUUAUCGAAUUAUACGAAGGUUGGUUUUGCGGACUUUACUGAAUAUAUAGAGGCAAAAAUUGAAAAAAAAAUUCGAAGUACGUAAAUUGAACGUUUUUAGCAAGCGUAAAAGUCUCAGCGGAUAAUCUUGAAUUUUUUCGAGUUUUUGACUUUUCUGUUCACUGUCAGGUCUUGUGGUGUUAGUUCGGAUGAAUUCAGAAUCGUUACAUGCGUAAUAAGAAUGCUCACUUCUCAUUUUUGAGCUUUGUGGUAAGAUCUUAUGUAAUAAAAAUCAAAAUAUUGUGUCGGAAAAAGCGUUUUGAAAAACUUCUAAGUUAACACUGUAGGAUUUUUUUGACACAGAAAGAGUCUCAUAUCGUUUCAGAAGUGAAUCGGCUACAACCGAAAAAUUUCUCCAAAACGUCAUCUACCUUACCCUCCAAUCUGUAA